UGCUCCCCGCCCCUGCGCGCCGCACCCCACUGCCUGCCCUGGUUCCAGGGGGGGCUCUCCCUAGUGCUGGGUGGGGGGAGGCCAGCUCCUCUGGGUGGAGACCUGGUCCGGGCACCCUUCUGCGGCUUCCCCAAGCCCCCCAAGGACUCGCAAUCCCAGACAGGUUUGGGGAAGCCCCAGGCCUCUGGGAAGGGGGUGCCCUCCCCAGCCCGGCUGGUUUGGGCUUAACUCCAGGUAGGCCCUCUAGGUGCUCCUUGGGCCACUCUCAGACUUCAGACCAUCCCUGAAGCUCAGAGGCUUCCUAAGGGCUGGCCCCCGUGCCUGGAGCCCAGAUGUCCUGGGUCCUGAGUCAGGCCCACAUUGGCUUCUGACCCCUGAAGACAGACUAGUGGCUCACGGAGCUUUGGGCGCAGAGAAAGCCCUGGAGGACACGUCUAGGAGCUGGGGACACUUUGGCUGGGCCUUGCUGUGGGCCUUUGCACCAACUGCCCAGGAAGUGAUGGCUUCUGAUUCUUCCCCCGCCCUCUGAACACCUCAGCCAGCGGGGGGAGCUGCUACAGCAGACAGAGCAGUGGCUCGGGGUCACUCCAAGGCCCCAGCCUUGCCCUGCCCUUCCUCAGUGGCUGCUUUUCGUGAGCAGCCCUAAGCCUUGUUGAAGUGACAAAGGGACAAGAGGCCUUGGUGGGUGGCCAGGGCUGCCCCCCCCGCCCCAAGCGCUGAGUCCCAGGGCUUUCUCGGGCUCCAUGUGGGCACUCUGAUCACAGAACAGCUGGUGUGCGUGGCCUGAGUCCCACUGAGGGCUGUGAAUGACGCCCCACCCUGGAGGUGCUCAUGGCCCCUUGGAAAGAUGGACUAGUGGAUGCCCGGGUGUGCUUCUGCUUGUCUUUGUGUUGGGUGAUAGUCAGAAAGCGCCUUCUGCCAGUCAGAGCAUCCCAGGACUAGCCAAGCAGGACUGCUUUGGAGGGAAAGAGCUCCCCAUCACUGGAGACGUCCAGGCACCUACCUUCCCCCUCUGCCGCCCGCCCUCUUCCAGCCCUGCGGGUGCAAGGCCUGACCCAGCUGCCCUCCUCAGGAGCAUGGCAUCGGCCUUUGCAAGGGUGGUCAGGAGCGUGGUCCAGGAGCUGGACCACGGUGGGGAGCUCACCCCUGUGGACAGCCUGCAGAGCUCCACCAGCUUCCAGCUCUACUGCCUUUUGGGCAGGAAGUCCUCGAGUUCACGGUUCUGGAAACACCGCUACACACGUGUCAACCUGUCCAUCAGGGACAUCCUGGAGCCCGACGCCCCAGAGCCAGCUGUGGAGUGUGGCAACACCUUCCAUUUCCACGAUGCUAUGGAUGGGAAGAUGCAGGGCAGCGUGGAGCUGGCGGCCCCAGGACAGGGGAAGCUGUCAGGCGGGGCCGCGGUGUCCGGCAGCUCCAGCGCCUCGAUGAUCGUGUGCACGCUGCGAGUGGCGCCCAACACCUGGGAAGCCAUGCAUCGAGAGAGGCGCUUGCGGCGGCCUGAGCACAAAGUCCUGCAGCAGCUGCGGAAUCGUGGGGAUGACGUGUUCGUCGUGACCGAGGUGCUGCAGACACAGCAGGAGGUGGAAGUCACCCGGACCCAAAAGCAGGAGGGCUCCGGCCAGUUUGCACUUCCGGGAGCCAUGGGCUUGCAGGGCAGAGGCGAGGGCCACCUGAGCCAGAACAAGAUGGUCACCAUCCCCGCGGGCAGCAUCCUCGCCUUUCGGGUGGCCCAGCUGGUUAUUGGCUCUGACUGGGACAUCCUCUUCUUCCCGGACAAGAAGCAGACGACCUUCAGGCCACAGCAGGAAGGUGGCCAGCUGCAGCGGUCCUCCUGCCUCACCUCCACAAAAUUUCUCUCUCUCCGCUUCAAGUUCCUGUCGGAUGGGCCCAUGGAGGACCGGUUGGCGACCACCGAAGGCUUCCAGGGCCUGCAGGCAGAAGUGGAGGCUUGGGCCGUGGGCCUGGAGGGCUUGUCCAGGGAGCCUUGUCGGCAGCUGCUGGGGGCCCUCGGGCAGGUGCUGCGGGACGAGGCCGCCCUGCAAGCCCUGGAUGAGUCGCUGGAGCACGGCCUGCGUGGCGGGCUUUUGGAGUCUCGGGAUGGUCCGGUGGGUGCUGUCCUCGAGUGCCUGGUGUUCUCCUCCAGAAGGCUGGAAAAGAGACUUGCCGGCCCCGUCUUCUACCUGCUGCAAGCUCUAGCUGUGCUGAGUGCAACCCAGCACGUGCUGCUGGCUGAGGUGCUGGAGAUGGGGGCCCUGUCAGGGGCGUUCAAACUGGUGGAGAGCCUUUUGGAGCAGAGCACCCCAUGGCAGGAGCACAGGGCCGUGUCCCUGCCGCACGAGCUCCUGGGGAGCAGCUGGGGCUCAGAGGCACCCACCUGGGUCCUGCUGGAGGAGUGUGGCCUUGAGCCACAGGUGGGCGCCCCCCAGGUGUGCUGGAAACCGGAGGCCCAGGGCUGUGCGAAUGCGCUUUACGCCUGCCUCGCACUGCUGUUCAGGCUGAGCCGGCUCUGCUAGCCUGCAGCCUGCCCGCAGGGCAGCUCUCUAGUCGGGGCAGAGCUCAUGCCCACCCAGCUGCCAGGAGCCACACCCAGCCAUGUGGGCAGCUCCCCACAAGGCCUGGGAGUUGAGGAAAGACAAUAAAUGUGAUGAACGAAGGGAAAA